GGAAGCCUGUUCAGGGGCAAGUGGGAGGCGCGCGGAAAACCCCCAUUGGUCCGAGAGCACGCGACGGUGCCCGAGACGGGGGGAGAGGGCGGGGCUUCCUUCGGGCUCCUCCCGCCGGCGAGGCCUCAGCGACACUUUGCCGCUCGCUCGCCCGCCGGCAGGACCGUGAUUGCGCUGCUCUCUUUCUCCUCAGCGGGUGCCAUGCCUCGGAGGCCCGCCUUGCCGCUUGUUCUGCUGGCGCUGCUGCUGGCGGGUCCCAGGGCGCUGGACGCGGGCCUGUACUCCCCCUUGGACCCGCUGGCCGUGCUGGGGGCGGACUCGCUGGAGCGGCGCCUCUUCAACUCGAGCAGCGCCUGGGUGAUGGAGUUCUACGCCUCCUGGUGCGGACACUGCAUCCGCUUCGCCCCCACCUGGAAGCAGCUGGCCCGCGACAUCCGCGAUUGGAGGCCUGCAGUGAUGCUGGGUGUGCUGGACUGUGCUGAAAGGUCUAAUCGGAAAAUAUGUACAGACUUCGGAGUCACUGGUUACCCUACUUUGAAGUUUUUCAAAGCAUUCUCCAAAAAACCUGAAGAUGGCCUCAAGCUCCGCCGUCAAGGGGAUGACAUUAAGAGCCUCCGAGAAUCCAUAAUCACCUCAUUAGAAAAGCAUGAAGAUAUGUGGCCUCCCUCGUGCCCACCUCUGGAGCCAAUCAGUGCGGCAGAACUUCAUGACUUCUUCCAGACAAACAGUGUGACCUACCUGGCCCUGAUCUUUGAGGAUGAGAAUUCCUUUUUGGGAAGAGAGGUGACUUUGGAUAUGCUCCAGUUUGAGAAUAUUGCAAUACGGCGGGUCUUGCAGACCAAUGAAGAGCUAGUGAAACGUUUCAAUGUCACCUCCUUCCCUUCUGGCUUCCUACUUGUCAACAAUGGCUCUUGCAGCAGCAUCCCUGUAAAUGCUGAUUUCAGACCCUUUUACAGAAGCUUCCUGCAGAGUCUACCCAACGUCUUUCGAGGAAACUCCUUCAGACCUACUGUGCCCCCCACUGUAGAACCAAAGUCCACCAUUGUACCCUGGAGAGUAGCAGACAGGAAAAAGGUGUAUAUGGCUGACUUGGAGUCUGCGAUACUUUAUACCCUACGGGUGGAAGCAGCAAGAUUUCGCCAUCUUGACAAGGAGCGGCUUUCUGUACUGAAGCAGUAUGUGAAUCUUUUGGUUAAGUAUUUUCCUGGACGCCCUGCAGUUAUGAACUAUCUUCGCAAUCUAGACUUGUGGUUAAAACCAAUGACAAAUGUUUCAGGAAAUGAAUGGGAAGAGGCUCUCGGAAAUAAUCCGGAGCUUCCCCAUGCCAGGUUGCCAGAGAACACACUCUGGGUAGGAUGCCAAGGAAGCAAACCUGAGUUUCGAGGAUUCCCGUGCGGACUCUGGACUCUCUUCCACCUCCUGACAGUGCAGGAAGCAUUGCUCAGUCCCUAUCGUUCCUCACCACCAGAAGUCCUUCCUGCAAUGAGAGGAUAUAUCAAGUACUUCUUUGGUUGUCGGGAGUGUGCAGAGCACUUUGAAGGCAUGGCGGCAGAAAGUAUGAGCAGAGUGAAGAACAAAGAUGGAGCUAUACUUUGGCUUUGGUCAAGGCACAACAGAGUCAAUUACCGCUUGCAAGGAGCCCCAAGUGAUGAUCCAAAAUUCCCCAAGAUUCAGUGGCCUCCUCAAGAUCUGUGCUGGUCGUGCCAGAUAAUAGUCAAUGGAAAGCGUAUGUGGGAUGAGAGGGCCAUCCUGAGGUUCUUCAAAGCUCAUUUUUCACGUGGCAAUAUUUACUUGGAUUUCAUAAAGCCUCUGAUCAGACGGGGUCGAGAUGUUGAAGAGAAAGAUCACAAUGUUGUGGGGAAACUAGAGGAAGGCAAAGAAGAAGAAAAUGGAAGACAAGUUGAAGAGGAAUUUGAGGAAGACAAGAAGAGGACAGAGAAGCCAGAGAGUGGGAGGGUAACAAGGAAACUGGAAAGAUCAGGCUUGACAGAACCGCAUAAACCAAGUAUUAUCAAAAUGAGCACAAAAACCAAAGAGCUGGAGGAAGAUAUUGUUGAUCUUGACUCCUUCAGUGAGCUGCAUUACAAGAGCAAGGCUUUAAAGAUGGCAGGCCAGAUUGGGAGCAGGAACAGGCGGAGUAAGAGGGACGUUGGCCUUGUGCGGAUGGAGAAUGAGGGCCAGCAGUCUUUUGAUAUUGAUGCAGCUUGGGAACGGCUGAGACAUAAGAGCUGGGGAGGUCAGCACCUCAUCGGUGCCAUGGAGGAGGAAGAGGAGGAGCUUGAAAAGGAGAAUGGGGUUGUCUCGAAAAGGAACCAGUGGUUCCACAUCCUAGGUGUGGGUUUUUCCCAGCUAGACAUCAGCUUAUGUAUUGUCUUAUACUUCCUCUCCUCCAUGUGUCUGCUAGGCAUGUAUGCUUUCUUCCGUGUGCAUAUGAAGUAUCGCAAGGGCCGCUCGGGCUUCCGAGUGGCCUAAGAAAGAAGCAGAAGAGCUUGUGCCUGCUUCCUGUGGUGGCUUCUCAACAUCAGUUUGUACUCUGGUUUUGGAUAUGCAAAUACAGUAAACUGUGGGUUUUGCCUUUGUUAUGAAUGGUACAUGGUUACAUUGUGAGGGAUCAAGAAUGGGAAACAGAACUCUUUAUUAUGGGAAGCAGAGUGGCUAAAACAGGCAUGUUUUCAUCACAACUUUCACACCAUGUAUGCCGUUUCUGCUUGGAUAUCUGUAUUAGAGUAUAAAUUGUUGACUGUCAAAAGGGGAAGCAGAUUUGUUUCAGAGUGUAUGUUGACUAUUUGAUUCUCUAAGGAGUGAGAGGGGCUUUUCAUUUUUUCACCUGUACUUGGGAUUACAGUAUUCAGAUUACACCAGGCAAAUGUAGCAUAGUUUUCAGGGCAUCCACAUUUAACAUGGAUCUUGAAGACUGUUUUAUGUGGCCAGUUUGAGAGCAACAACUAAAUGGCUGUUUCCAAUAUUAAUUAGACAUAGAACUCCAUAAUUUUAAAUACCGCUUUUCCAUAUUAAAUACACUCUAUAUCAGUGGUUCUCAGCCUGGGGUCCCCAGAUGUUUUUGGCCUUCAACUCCCAGAAAUCCUAACAGCUGGUAAACUGGCUGAGAUUUCUGGGAGUUGUAGGCAAAAAACAUCUGGGAACCCCAGGUUGAGAAUCACUGCUCUACAUAGUGUUGGACUUUUUGAGCAAAAGGCUAAAUUUUCAAUGCUUGGUAGUGUAUUAAUAUCCUGAAAAACACUUCAGUCUCCCAGUUUCUUAAAUCCUAGAUAUAGAAGUGCAGUCUAAAUCAUUCAAUUGAGAGAUGCCUUGAUCUUUUUUUUUUUUACUGAACUGGAAGCCAAAAUGUCUGAUCCUUUUUGAAACUACCUUCAAUAAAGCCAGCAUGUGUGUUGCUGUGUUCGCAGCUGAUAAUAAUAAUAAUAAUAAUAAUAAUAAUAAUCAGAACUGUAUUAAUAAUACAGUAGAGUCUCACUUAUCCAACAUAAACGGGCCAGCAGAAUGUUGGAUAAGUGAAUAUGUUGGAUAAUAAGGAGAGAUUAAGAAAAAGCCUAUUAAACAUCAAAAUAGGUUAUGAUUUUACAAAUUAAGCACCAAAACAUCAUGUUAUACAACAAAUUUGACAGGAAAAGUAGUUCAUUACACAUUAAUGCUAUGUAGUAAUUACUGUAUUUACGAAGUUAGCACCAAAAUAUCACAAUGCAUUGAAAACAUUGACUACAAAAAUGUGUUGGAUAAUCCAGAAUGUUGGAUAAGUGAGACUCUACUGUAGUAAUAAUCAGAACUCCCCUCCUAACCCCCUUUAGUUGUAAUUUUUGGUAUUAAGCAUUGAACAACUGCAUUAUACGUGCCAUAAAUGGUGUUGACACUCGUCUCUUCCUUUUCCGGGAGUCUCUCCUGGAUUGCAACAUUGCCUUUUCCUCGGAUCCAGAGACCGAAGGCAAAGGGCAUAAGGACAUUAGCUUGUGGAAUGCCACUGCCAUAAAGAAAUGAAGAUUGCUUAUGAAACAGACAGAAAUAUUAAUUCUUAACAGUGAGGGCAUUGGAAUAUAUUAAUCAGCCAACUGUGAAAAUGCCAAGCAUAAGGCCCCAUAGCAAACAUCUCACUAUGAAAGGCUAGCAUUUUUCGCUUGCUCCUGACUUGCUGCUGAAUGUAGUUGCUCCCACAUUCUCCUCUCACUCACGUCCUAUUGUCCACUUUUCCUUCACUAGCUAUUCUUCAGCUACUCAGCUUGCCAGCAAUAUUUUUUUUCAUUCACGCUAAUUUCAUCCUGAUAUCAUUGCCAUCAUGACCAUUCUAUAAAGGAUUGCUUUAUUACAGUUGUCAAUAGUAGAGAUAGUGAUGAUGAAGAUGAUGAUGAUUAUAAUACUUAUUAUUUCUUACCUGCCUCUCUCCAAGGUUUGAGACAGGUUACAACAGAGUUAACCUACAGAGUGUCCCAAAAGUUUCCAUAAAUUGUGGCUAAGUGUACCACUAUUUACAAAAUAUUGUUUAAAUUAUACAUAUAUUAGAAUAUACAUAUAUAAAAAAUAUAAUACAAAGUUGUUGCUUUUUCCCAUGUAUGGAGACUGCUGCGAUGCCCUAUACAAUAGAUAAGAACAUAACAGUAGAUAAAAACAUAAAGCAAUUUAAAACAUGUCAAUUAAAAGCAAAUAGACAAGAUUAAAAUAUACAAUACAAUCAAUCAUAGCUAUAAAAUAUUAGUUUAAAAUUCAUAGGUUAAAAUUGACUUGGUAAGAAAUGCAUUUAUAUAUAAAAAAGAAGCAAGUCUACAAACAAUCCUUAGUUUUACAAAUAGUCACAAAAUUACAUAGGUAUUGAUAAGCUCUCAAAUCUGAACAAGGCUCCAUUUCUUUUAGCUUUAGUCUUGGGGCCCUUCCAGACAGGCUCUAUAUCCUAGGAUCUGAUCUCAAGUUUUCUGCUUUAAACUGGAUUAUAUGAGUCUGCACUGCCAGAUAAUCUGGGAUAAACAGAAAAUCUGGGAUCAGAUCCUGGGAUAGAGGGCUUGUCUGGAAAGGUCCUUCAUUUUCCUAGACCUUCCAGAAUUUUGGUGAUUUCAUAUACAGUAGAGUCUCACUUAUUCAACAUAAACAGGCCGGCAGAAUGUUGGAUAAGCGAAUAUGUUGGAUAAUGAGGGAUUAAGAAAAAGCCUAUUAAAUGUCAAAUUAGGUUAUGAUUUUACAAAUUAAGCACCAAAAUAUCAUGAUGUAUUGAAAACAUUGACUACAAAAAUGUUUUGGAUAAUCCAGAACGUUGGAUAAGCGAAUGUUGGAUAAGCGAGAUUCUACUGUAUUUAGUUUUAUAGAAGGGGAGUUGAAGAAGAACUAAGCUGAGUGUAUGUAUCAGUAGUCGAUGGACAAGAGGACAAUGUUCAGGAAUCUGGGUCAGGGACAUAACCCUCUGAUCCUGAGUUUGGAAGGAAUAACAGAAUAGAGGGAUGGGGAUGAUACCAAGUCCACAUCUGUGUUGGUCUUGCAAAUAAGCCAUGGCAACUUUCGGUCUAUGGCAAAUAACUUGCUGCUGUUUUUCUAACAAGAAAUUAAGUCAGAUCCAUAAAGAAAAUAACAUUACAGGUACAUGCAGAUACUGUCACAUUUGUGCUUCUCAGGAAACUAAUUUUUCCAAUUUCUGCACCAAUCCCUCCACUCCUUUUAUUGUAGUGUACUUCAGCUUUUUCUUGAUGAGCUGAGCCAUUAGUUUUUCCAUAAGUGCCUUGUUAUGAUCCCAUGCUCCUAAUAACAGUCUGGUUGAGCUAUGGCUAAAAGCAUGGAAACGCCGUGUUUGAAAUGUCAUCUCUGUUCCAACCUUACCACAGUGGGCUUGUUCUCUAGGCCAUAGAUCCCCUUUUGCAACAGGGGCUCGCUUCCUAAAUACUGACCUGUAGUAAGGAUUACUGAGUUGAAGUAAGUGAAUUGCUUUGAAUGAUUGAAGUACACUGUACAAAUAUGUAUUUUGCUAUGAUAAUUUCACUAGCCAUAAAAAUGUUAAAUAAGA